CACGAGUGUCGGAUCAGAUAAUUUGCAGCGAAUAAUAAAUUGUGAUUUUUUUUGUAAAUAAUUUUAUCAGGUGUAAAUCACGACGUGUGUUACACAUGAUAAUUAAUGAUAUUUAUCAAGCACGCGAGCAUUCUUCUACGCGACUAAAAACUAUCACGUUUAACGCCAAACCAUUCGAGUUCCGCGGUAGAUUUGCUUUCCUUUUUACAUAGCAAGACUAUACUGUGUGAUAUUAAGAAAUAUGAUUAAUAUAGCAAAUAUAAUCACCUGUGGCGUAUAAAAUGCAAGUUGACUCAUGGCCAGCUUCGUCGACGGACGAAGUGGAAAAUCCUGAAAUUCUAAAACUGAACAGAAUGCAUGGACGAGAUAAGCCAACAGCUCUAGGUGGGUCCGUCAUCCCCGUCGCAGCCGCAAACGCCGACCAGUCGACAGUCGGUUACGUUUGCUAUCGUCGAGUGUCAGUGCGACGAAGUUUCCGCCGGGAAAGAUCGCGGAUUAUCGCAAGCGAGCGCAUAGACGCGAGACCUCGCGACAAUAUGCAACGCAUCGCGAUUGCUGCAUCGAUAGAAAAGCCAACGCUGGACGACGGUGGGAACGACAGCGAGGAUGAUUAUUCGGCGUCCGUUUGCGCGAUUAUGCAGCGACGGAAUUCGACACGUCGACAGAGCCGACGAAAACGGCGUCCAUCGUCGCCGUUCGGCACCGACGUCGAGAACAUCGCUCGCCGUCGAUCCUCGGCUUACACCACGAGCUCGGGCGACACGAUAAUUUCGAUGGAGGAAAGCGGCAAUCAGGAGCAGAUUUUCGAAAAUCUCAAGCUGCACAAGGAGGUAUUGAGCGGUGUGAAGCAACAGCCUUGGCCUCUUCGACGUAAGAUCAAGCUCGUACAGCAGGCUAAGUCUUACGUUCGACGACACGAAGGCGCUCUGCAAGAGAGACUCGCUCAAAGUCGCAGCACUAAAGAUGUUAUAGCACGCGUUUCGAUUUACAUGACUAAGAAGUGGCAGUAUUUCCGACGCGAGCUGAUUAAUCUGCAAACGUGGCUGAUACCUUGGCAAGUCCGUAUCAUGGAGAUCGAGUCUCACUUCGGAUCCGCCGUUGCGUCCUAUUUCAUUUUUCUCCGUUGGCUCUUUUGGAUCAAUUUCGUGAUCGCGGCAACUCUUACGGCGUUCGUGGCGAUACCCGAGGUGUUGACUGCGAAUGCGACGCUCGCCGGCGAAAGGAAGAUUAUGCUGAAGGAAGAAAGCGUCAAGUCGAAGCAGUUGUUGACUCUAUGGGAAUUCGAGGGAGUGCUGAAGUACUCUCCGUUCUUCUACGGGUGGUACACCAAUCAGGACUCGAACCGAAAUUACAGACUACCUCUGGCGUACUUCGUCACCAAUCUGGUCGUGUACACGUAUAGCUUCGUCGCAAUCCUGCGCAAAAUGGCGGAGAAUUCGCGUUUGAGUAAACUGACCGAAAAAGAGGACGAGUACGUCUUUUCGUGGAAGCUUUUCACUGGAUGGGAUUUCAUGAUAGGUAAUCCGGAAACUGCGCACAAUCGCACGGCCAGCAUCGUGGUCAGCUUCAAGGAAGCUCUGGUGGAAGAAGCAGAGAAGCAGAAGGACGAAAGAAACUGGAAAGUCAUAUCGAUGAGGAUAUUCGUGAACGUGGCGGUGUUAUCGUUGCUCGCGUUGUCGGCGUACGCCGUAAUCAAGGUGGUCGAACGGAGCACGACGGAGAACGACUCGCAUAACUGGUGGCGGCAAAACGAGAUCACGAUCGUGAUAUCCCUGAUUACGAACGGCUUCCCAAUAUUCUUCGAGAUCCUCGGCUUUCUCGAAAGCUACCAUCCCAGAAAGCAGCUCAGAAUGCAACUGGCGCGGAUAAUGGUCUUGAAUUUGCUAAAUCUCUACUCACUGAUAUUCGCACUGUUCCAUAAAAUAAGCUCUAUGAAACACGAUCUUUACAGUCUUAAACCGACAAACACGAAUUGCGUGCGUAAAUCAGUGCCAUGCGGAGACGACACGGAGGUAACACGUACACAGCAGAUCGUGACAAUGGCAUCUUUGGGUCUCAUUUUAAUCAGCAAUGCUAGCCACUCUCAUGCUAAGAGGGAAAUCCCGGAACAAACACUGUCAUCCAUCAGACAAGAACCUCCUCUUAAUCCCUUUUUGGAUAUCAACACACUGUACGAAGAAUUUAACGACACCUCCGAUUAUGAUGAUUAUGUGGAUUAUUAUCAUUACGAAACUUCAGAUAUAGAUAGCGACGAAUCCUAUACCACAUCUUAUAAGAAAGAGAAUACUCAAAGUACAGAUAAAAAAUUCUACGAUGCAAGUUCAACUGUGCCCGCGAAUUUUUUGACAGAUUCAACAAUUGCCGAAAAUUUCUCGACGAGUUCCACUUCGUCCCAGAGUGAAACCGUAGCAUCGACAAUCACCGAAUCAGGCACAAUAAAAGAAUCAAUGAUUACUGAUGACUUUACCGAAAACCCUUUGGAUCUUUCGUCGCCUGCAGAUAGCAAACAACAAUCUGUUAAAUUUAGUUUCACACCUACGACGGUUGCAACGUAUACGUCAGAAAGUGACGUUUCUACUUUACAAUCGAAUAAACGUGUAACUCAGUCUUCGAAAGAGAUUUAUGUGAUAAAAUGUUUCGAAAAAGUUUGCACCACUGCGUCGCCAAGAAAUUUAGCUAUGUCCACGGGACAAUUAGAUCUGAAGACUCGCAAAAAAUUACGUCGAUUAUGCUGGGAAACUAUGUUCGGGCAAGAGCUCGCCAAGAUCACUGUCAUGGAUUUGAUACUCACCAUAUUAAGUACCCUCAGCGUGGAUUUCUUCCGUGCCGUUUUCGUGCGUUUCAUGAACAACUGCUGGUGUUGGGACUUGGAGAAACAAUUCCCGCAAUACGGCGAUUUUAAAAUAGCCGAAAACAUCCUGUAUUUAGUGCAUAAUCAAGGGAUCAUUUGGAUGGGAAUGUUCUUCAGUCCCGGUUUAACGGCACUGAAUCUUCUCAAACUUGUCAUCUUAAUGUAUCUACGCUCCUGGGCGGUUCUGACGUGCAACGUGCCGCAUGAAGUAGUUUUCAGAGCCUCCAGAUCUAACAAUUUCUACUACGCACUUUUAUUGACCAUGCUGUUCUUAUGCGUGUUGCCGGUCGGUUACGCUAUAGUUUGGGUCGAGCCUUCGUGGCAUUGUGGUCCAUUUUCUGGUUACACAAGGAUUUACCAUUUAGCGACGCGAAGCUUAACAAAAUCGCUUCCGCAGCUGAUUCAACGAUGUAUCGAUUACGUCGCAUCGCCUGGUAUAGUAAUACCACUCAUUGUUCUGAUGACAUUAAUUAUUUAUUAUAUGGCAUCUCUCGCUAAAUCCUUGCGAGAAGCGAAUAACGAUCUAAAGAUGCAAUUACGACACGAGCGUAUAGAAGAACGUCGAAAACUCUUUAAAAUCGCGGAGAAAAGGCAAAAUGUAGCCGAUACUCCACUAUCGAGAUGGAAGAAGAUUCUUCCAGCCUUGCCGCAGGCCAAAUCAGAGUUAUCUCGAAAUUCCGAAAUAACUCAGAGAGAUGACGUUCAAAUCGGGAAUGUGAGUGACGCGGUGGGAAGGGAAGGAUCGAUACCGAACGAUACCGAAGAAUCGUCGCGCCAUAAUCAAAUGUCUGAUAAUAGUAAACGAAAUGAGGAAGAAGUUGAUCCAAAAUUAAAUGAUACAUCUUCCAACAAAAGACCAAUAAGCGUUGGAUGUUCUUGGGACUCGCAGUCGAGCGAACAGAGCGUUAUACCGGAAAUUCAAAUAAAUAAUGAAAAAGAAAUUGUGUGCAGCGAUACUCAUGAAUCCGCCGAAUUAAGCGAUGUGCCCGAAGAUCGUGUUCAAGAGAUAACGUAAUGAGCCUAGUGUAAUCAAUAAAAAAUGUGAAUAAAAUAUGUAGGUAAUAAUUAAUAUUUUCUAGCACUACCACCUUAAUCUAACAAAAAUUUAAAAAACAAUUGAAAGUUAAUCCCAACUGAAUGCAUCAUCUCGUAACUAAGCACGAAUGAAAACGUCUUAUGGUUGUAUCAUAUUUAUUUCUACAAACGUGAUGUAAAAUACUUAUAAAUAUUUAGAAAUAGUUAUUACUGCUAUGAACAAUGUAAUAUAAUUAACUCCAAAAUAGGCUCGAGAUAGAUAGUCGAGGCACGCGUAGUCGAACACCAUACACGCAAAAUCACACUUUGAUUGAGCAUUGGCACGUACGUAAAUGUCUUCGUCUUAUUGUCAAAUAUUAUAUUACGUAUUAUUCGAAAUACUUUUAAUGAGCUAUUUUAUUGAGCUAUUUCAAAAUUAACGAUAUGUGUGUUAAUAUAACCCGCAAAGAUAAAAAUGUAUGCUUAUCGUUAAAAAAUGUAUAGUUUGUAAUUUCAGUGUGAGUUAAUUGUUCCUUUAAUCUCAAAUAAAACAACGCUUAUUAAAAAAUGUCGACAAUAAGAAACACAAGUAACAUGCAUAAAAAAAUUAUUCUACAUUAUCGUAGCGCGCUUGUUACGAAU